GAGACAGAUCCUCCAAACAGAAAAUUAAUAAAGAAAUAAUGGACUGAAUCAGAUUUUUAAAAGUUUACUACACUGUUGUAUAGAAUUCAUUGAAAAGGAGCAAGAUAGAAACAAAUUGAACAAUCAGAAGGCUGUUCUACCACUGCAGACAGAAAAAAAGGUGGCAUAGAUUAGGGUGCCUCCUGGUAAGAUGGUGAGAAGAUGCAGAUUUGAGAGAUGUCUUGGAGGGUGAAUCUGAAUCUGCACACAUAGGUGGUAAGUUGGAUGUUGGGUUGGCAGAGCGGGCAGAUGCAGGGUGGCUGUUUAGUUGAUUGGAUGUUGGUACCAUUCGUUGAGAUGCAAGAGAUGAUCCUUCACCUUCUGACAGUGAAGUCAGAAGCAUCACCAUCUCCAUUCCUCUUAGAUGCCAACAUUUACAAUGUCUUUGCUUAUUUAUGCUCCUGUAUCUCAUUAUAUCCACUUCCAAGUUCUGUGAUUUUUUUUCCUCAGAAUCUUCCCCAAUAACUCUUUAUCCUUCUCCAUUCCUUUAUUGCUUUUUAGUUCAGACCUGGGUGACCUCAUUCCACAGUUGCAAAUUUGCUUCCUCUCUGUGCUGCCAGCUCCUGUUCUCUCUGUGACUUUAUCCAUCACUGCUAUACUAUUUGAAUUUCAUAACUAUGUACUUAAGUGCCAGUUUGGGUAGAUCACCUUGUUGAGCAGAGUUGAAAAUUAAAUAAGAAGUUAAAUAUAUUUGAGGGAACUCAGGUCAAUUUGCAAUUAUAAUUGAGGCAGACAGAAUGAAGGCCAUUUUGCCUAGUGAUCAGAAAAGACUGUGUCAUCUCCUUACAUAAAAAUGAAUUCCACAUGGAUCAAACAUAUUAAUUCCAAAAUACCUAACAAUAAAAAUACCAUAAGAAAAGAUUCGUGGAUAUAUUUUUAAAUAUUUAUGAUCAGGUAGGUUUGAAGACCUUUUAAAGAAUGUUGAGAGAUUCAGGUACCAUGAAAAAGAUAGAUCCACUUGAUAGCCUACAUUUAAAAUUUUUUAUAUAAAGGUAAAACAACUUUCAACCAAGAAUUUCAGCUAAACUAAUAAAUGUAGAAGGAAUGAUGGAAAUAGAAAAAUCACCAUUUUCAAAUACAUUAGUAAUUGUUUCAGGCAAAAAUAUCUUUUGUUGCUAAGAUUAGUGGGCAACAAGGGCAUAUUUGCAUAGUUUCAAAAUAACUUCCUCCAAGAUCCUCUUUAAUUACAAAGGGGAAAUAAUAUCUUUACGGGGGGAAUCCUGACAGACAUAACAAAAACAAAUGAUUAAAGCUAAUUUCACCAAUAAUCAAACAAACCAAUGGCAUGUGUCUCCUGAUGCAUUGUGGACAUACAGUAACUUAUGAGGGAUUUUCACCAAAAGAUGCAAAACUCUCCUUGUUUCCUGUAUUUUGUCUUCAUAGCGGUUACCACAGUUUUUAUUUUGUAAUUGUGUAGAAUUAAUAUCUUUACAUGUCUCUGCCCCAGCCCUAUCUCCUAGAAGAAUGGAAGAUCCGUAAGAUCAGACGUGUCUCUCUCCUUGCUCACCAUUCUAUCACCAGCUCCUAGCACUAAGGAAGGGCUUAAUAAAUAAUGUUGAAUACAUGAAUUUAUAUGGAGCUAGCAGUAUUUAUGGGAAAGAUGUACUUAGCCUUGGAACAUAUUGAAUGAAAUAUCACAGUUGGACACCCAGGUGGGAAUGGAUGGAGGACAUUUGGAGGUACAGUGCUAAAGCUCUAACUAAGCUGAAGCCAUGCGUCCUAUAGAAUAAAGCUAUGUCAAGCGAAAAGACAGAAAAUUAAUAUUUGAAAUGCAGAGCGAGUGAAGAAGAAGGAAAAAGGAAACACCUCUAUUUGGCAGAGGCCAAGGCAGGAGUCGGUUCUGAAGUAGAGAAUGUUCACCUGCCCGAGGCCAGGCAUUUGGGGGUUAUUUGUAACUAUCUUAUGGCAGUUUUACUUGAUGCAGUGAGUCUCAAGUUUUAAUGUGCAUAAAAAUAUCCUGGGCUGCUUGAUUAAAAAAGAGAGAGAGAGAGAGAGAUCUCUGGGGCACACUUCCCAGAAAUUCUGACUCAGUGGGGCCUAGAAAUCUGUUUUUUUUGUGGCCAGCGCCCGCCUCCUCCACCAUGUAGUUGUGGUCAGGUGAUCCAAGAGCCGCACCCGGAGGGAACAGUACACAGAGUUAGGGGGUGUCAGCGACAGGGAAGGGAGACAGAAGGGGAUGAGAAGAGAGCAAACAGGAACAGAUGGCCACUUGCUAACAACUUUGCCAGUGUAAGGGGAUCUUCGAGAGUUUUAAAACGGAUUGACAGAGAAAGUUUCUGGAAGGACACCGUCUUUUUUGCUUUUGUCCACUGCAUUAAAGAGAUGGUCUCAUGCAAAACCAAGCAUAUGAAUGCAGAUGAAGUGAUUGAGAAGAAACGGUGAGCAUCUUCAUUUUUGUAGACAGAACAACAUGGAUCAGCCACUUACUGUGAAUUCUCUGAAAAAGUUAGCUGCUAUGCCUGACCAUACGGAUGUUUCCCUGAGCCCAGAAGAGCGAGUCCGUGCACUGAGCAAGCUUGGUUGCAAUAUCACCAUCAGUGAAGACAUCACUCCACGACGCUACUUUAGAUCUGGAGUGGAAAUGGAGAGGAUGGCGUCUGUGUAUCUGGAAGAAGGAAAUUUGGAAAAUGCCUUUGUUCUUUAUAAUAAAUUUAUUACCUUGUUUGUAGAAAAGCUUCCUAGCCAUCGAGAUUACCAGCAAUGUGCAGUACCCGAAAAGCAGGACAUUAUGAAGAAACUGAAGGAGAUUGCAUUCCCAAGGACAGAUGAAUUGAAAAAGGACCUUUUAAAGAAAUAUAACGUAGAAUACCAAGAAUAUUUGCAAAGCAAAAACAAGUAUAAAGCCGAAAUUCUCAAAAAACUAGAGCAUCAGAGAUUGAUAGAGGCAGAAAGGAAGCGGAUAGCUCAGAUGCGCCAACAGCAGCUGGAAUCGGAGCAGUUUCUGUUUUUUGAAGAUCAACUCAAGAAGCAAGAGUUAGCCCGAGGUCAGACGCGAAGCCAGGAGACCACAGCGGCGCUGUCGGAGCAGAUUGACGGCAGUGCUUUGUCCUGCCUUUCCCCGCACCAGAACAAUUCCUUGCUGAAUGUACUUGCAGAUCAACCUAAUAAAAGUGAUGCCACCAACUACGCCAGCCACUCUCCUCCUGUGAACAGGGCCUUAACGCCAGCUGCUACCCUGAGUGCUGUUCAGAAUUUAGUGGUUGAAGGACUGAGAUGUGUAGUUUUACCAAAAGAUCUUUGCCACAGAUUUCUGCAGCUGGCAGACUCUAAUACAGUGAGAGGAAUAGAGACCUGUGGAAUCCUCUGUGGAAAACUGACACAUAAUGAAUUUACUAUUACCCACGUAAUCGUGCCAAAGCAGUCUGCGGGACCAGACUAUUGUGACAUGGAGAAUGUAGAAGAAUUAUUCAAUGUUCAGGAUCAACACGAUCUCCUCACUCUGGGAUGGAUCCAUACACAUCCCACCCAAACUGCAUUCUUAUCCAGCGUUGAUCUUCAUACUCACUGUUCCUAUCAGCUCAUGUUGCCAGAGGCUAUUGCCAUUGUUUGUUCACCAAAGCAUAAAGACACUGGCGUCUUCCGACUCACCAAUGCUGGCAUGCUGGAAGUUUCUGCAUGUAAAAAGAAGGGCUUUCACCCACACACCAAGGAGCCCAGGCCAUUUAGUAUAUGCAAACACGUGUUGGUAAAAGACAUAAAAAUAAUUGUGUUGGAUCUGAGGUGAUAUGUUCCAAAUACAAGCACCAUCAACACCAGACACCUGCUCAUGGACAUGUGGUUGCCGGAUUUUCUUAAGAUGUUUCCAGAAAUGACUGAUAUUUUAUAUUUAUACAUUUUAGAUCAGAAAGUUUGAUAUUUAUUGCUCUUGCACAUUUUGCAGUUGUUUUUUUUUGGGGGGGAGGGUUGCUCUGUGUCAAGAGAGAUUACAUUGUGUUAAAUCAAUACCUAUUAAUGUGCUAUGACCAGAUAAUAAAUUGUGCUGCAAA